GAUCGAGAUUGUGGUCUUGGUGCAUUUAAUUCUCUGCCACUUUCCCAGUUCACACCGAUCUCUCUCUCUCUCUCAUAAUAAACCUCAGACGAAGCGGCUCGCCGAGCUCCUUCCAUGGCGGCUGGUCUCUCCGUCUCCGUAACGAUCAAACCACUCCUCCGCUCCUGCUCUACUUCCGACUUCCGCCGUCUCCACCACCACCCGAUAUCGGCCACCGUCUUCGCUCCCCUUCCCCGGCUCCGCACCUCCUUCGCGCAGCGGCGGAGUUUCGCCGUCUGCUUCGUCGUGGAGGACCAGCGACAGAGCUCUCAGAUCGAAAGCCCGCGAGACGAGGGAGCAAGCCCCGUCGACGCCGAGCUCCUGGCUUCGCGAUUGGCGGAGAAAUUGGAGAGGAAGAAAUCGGAGAGGUUUACGUAUCUCGUAGCCGCGGUAAUGUCGAGCUUCGGUUUCACGUCCAUGGCUGUUUUAGCUGUUUACUACAGAUUCUCCUGGCAAAUGGAGGGAGGUGAGGUGCCGAUGUCGGAGAUGUUCGGUACAUUUGCUCUCUCCGUUGGUGCUGCUGUGGGCAUGGAAUUUUGGGCAAGAUGGGCUCACAGAGCUCUCUGGCAUGCUUCUUUGUGGCAUAUGCAUGAGUCUCACCACAAAGCGAGAGAAGGGCCGUUUGAGCUAAACGACGUGUUCGCCGUCAUAAACGCCGUUCCUGCGGUUGGUCUCUUCUCCUACGGCUUCUUCAACAAAGGCUUCGUCCCUGGUCUCUGUUUCGGCGCUGGGCUUGGAAUAACAGUGUUUGGGAUCGCAUACAUGUUCGUCCACGACGGUUUGGUUCACAAGAGAUUCCCUGUCGGCCCCAUUGCGAACGUCCCUUAUUUCCGUAGAGUUGCUGCAGCCCACCAGCUACAUCACACAGACAAAUUCAAGGGAGUGCCAUAUGGGCUGUUCCUUGGACCAAAGGAGGUUGAAGAAGUGGGCGGAAAAGAGGAGCUAGAGAAGGAGAUAAGUAAGAGAAUCAAAUUGUGCAAGAAGGGUUAGGGUUCUUGAUUAGGGUUAGGGUUCUUGAUUUGGAGGAACCCAUUUUGUUUUUUUUUUUGUAAAAUAAUCUACCUUGUUUUAAAAGAAAAAUGUAUACAAAAUCAUUAUUAGUGUUAUAGCAAUCAAGAAUCAAUUAGCUUUUUUU